CUAAUCGAUUAGGCACGAGACCUAGGUUUAGCCUUCUAGAGUUCUAGUGCUAAAGCGAUCAUUCAUCUUGCUCUGCUCUUUUGAUAUUCCUGCCUCACUGCUCCGACGCAUAUGGAGCGGAAGCUAUUGGUUCCUUUUUAUUUUUUCUGCCACUCCUUACAUUCUUUCAACUUCCUUUCGCUCGCCAUAUUUUCAUGGUUUCCAGCACUUCGUUAAUCUCACGUACUAGCAUGUAUACGCAUUAUUGAGCGCGCAACAUUCUUGUCCUCUUCUCCCAACACUUGUGGAAGUGGAAAAGCAAAGGAAGCUCCCAUUUACAUACCUAUAUUCCUUUAAUAUGCAGCAGCAUGGUCUCUCCCUUCCCUUCCCCAAUAAUUCCUUUACACGUUCAGGAAUCAAUGGCGCUAUAUAUUUUCGUGGAUAUCGAAAUCAACUUCACACCCCAAUUCUUAAUUCCAAGACCACGGCAAUUCCUUCCUUCGCUGCUAAAGGCCACAAUCUUCCCCUCUUCACAAGUUCUGCUUCUCGUGAUGGAACAGCAUUUUCUUCCGGUACCACUUUAGCGGAGGAUAAUGAAAGAAUUGCUGACAAUCCCGGCAAGAAUCAGAGAACAGCUGAAAUUCAUGAUGGGAUUGGGGAUACCCAGGGCAAGAGCUUCUGGGGUGCGGUUAGUUUAAUCAUUGGCACGGCCGUGGGCCCAGGAAUGCUGGGCUUGCCGGCUUUGACUAUGAAGUCAGGUCCAUUUCCUUCAACAAUCGUCAUUCUUCUCUCUUGGGUCUAUGUCAUCUCCUCAAUCAUACUUGUAGCAGAGCUCAGCUUUGCUGCCAUGGAAGAAGAUGGGAUCGAAGAGGUGAGCUUUACAGGCCUAGCAACAAAGGCAUUGGGAAGGCGUUUUGGUGCAUUUGUUGCUCUGGUUUACACCAGUUUGAGUUUUUCCUUGUUGGUGGCUUGUGUUGCCGGCAUUGGCACCAUUUUUUCUCCCUGGUUCCCAUGGCUCAAUGCUUCGGUUGUUCAUGCCUUGUUUCCACUAGUUGUUGGAAUAUUGAUUGUCUUUUUCCCAUUUAACGCUAUUGAUGUUGCAAACCGGAUGCUAUGCUUCCUCAUGCUUUUCUCUAUAUCUGCAUUGGUUGGUGUAGGAAUGCAUGUGGCAAGAACUAACAUAAUAAGCUCCUUUGCUUAUGCCUCUUGGAGCCUUUCAUCAAUACUUCCGAUAAUACCUGUGGCUGUACUUACGUUGGGAUUUCAUGUCAUCACUCCAUUCAUCUGUAAGAUUGUUGGGACUACUGUACAUGAGGCUAGAAAAGCUAUACUGAUUGGUGGGACUGUUCCUUUACUCAUGGUUUUGUCAUGGAAUUUGAUAGUUUUGGGACUUGUAGGGGUUUCCACGACACCCAAUUCGGGCAACUCUAAUGACGCCAUAUCUCUUUUACUUUCAGUAAAUCCAUCUGCUUCAUCUGCUGUUCAAUGUUUUGCCUUCUCUGCUAUGGCAACUAGCUUGAUAGGAUAUGCUGUAAGCUUGCCUAAACAACUUCUUGACACGUGGGAGUUGAUAUCUGGAAAAUCUACCGCUUCUAACGGGCAUGGCUACGGAAGAGUUGGAUUGGCCUUUUACUCCAGAGGAUCAGGUAUCGGUUGUCCAGGGAAGGUUUCGUUCAGAAGUUCAGGCGAUUUUACCGUGUUAGAAUCUAACACAAGACCAACCGAACAAGCAUUUGAGACGUUUAAAGUGAUUGUAACAGUGUUCGUCCUUGCUUUUGCAAUCCUCAUAGCUUCGUUCUUUCGCUCUACAUUUUCAAGAGCUCUCGAUUUUGCUGGGGUUUAUGCCAACUGCUUUCUGUUCGGUAUUAUUCCUCCUGUGAUGGCUCACGUACACCAAUCUAAGAAGAAACUCAGCAGGUCAUCAGCACUUCCAGGAGGAAAUGGGACCCUGCUUCUGCUUUUCAUUAUUGCCGUCGUUUUGGGAAUUUGGCAUUAGGUACAACUUUAUUAAGGGGCCAAAGCAUUGAUUAAUGCAACAACGAAAGGAAGUCAUAUGGCCGAAAUUCAAGGUCUCAUUGGGACUCACGUGUUUUUCAAAUUUAAUUAGUCUGUAGCCGAAUCUUAUGAAUCCCCGUCUGUUUCCACAAUCUUGUUAAAGUAUAUAAACAGAGGAGGUUUGAUUGAAGUAGGAUGCAGUUAAAUGAAAUACAUGUCAUCUCCACAUUAUAAAACGACUGAAGUUUUAGCUUUAUUCCAACAUGUAUUGCUAACCUCUGGGCCUUCACCUGUAAGGGCAUUCAUCGUGCAUUUGCUAUUAUCAUGCCUCCUUGUACUGGAAGCUGAAAAGAUUAAAGUUUAAGAUCUUGGCGUGCAUGAGAAAACAAGAUAGAUUAUUGCUAUCAAGGAUGAGGAUUGAUUUGCUCCCAUUAACUAUUACGUGUUACUCCUAUUAGGCAGAACCAGAUUCAGUCCAUCUUGUCGAUGACUAGUUUUAGUGUCUACAUAGUUCACAUAUAGAGUAUCAUCUUCUGGAUUGUAUUUUUGUCACUUCUGUAGAUAAAAUAUCAGAAGGUUACCGCCCAAGAUAAUGCAUUGCUGCGAGCCAGGAGG